AUGUUUUUAUUGCUCCUCUACCAGUGCCUGCUUUCCACAAUACUCGUGGUCGCCCUCAAAUCAACAUUGCUGGAAGCUAAGAAAUUGCCCGGCCUUUUUCGCCUUUCUCCUUAUGAUGGAGCAAUUUGGCUGGUCGUUUUUCUGUCGACUCUUUGCAUCGACGUCCCGAUCGGUCUGACCUGUGGCCUCGCCUUUGCUUGGUUCACCGCACUUCUGCGUGUACAAAAGGCUCACCUCCAGCUCCUCGGCAUGCUACCAACUCUAACUGAUGUAUAUGUCGACUUGGACCGCUAUCCCGAGGUCAGAUUAUAUUCUUUGUUAAAAUCACCUAUUGUCCGAAGCUUUCUUUUUCACUAUAGUUUGUAUCCGGUUUUUUUAUCAUAUGUAUAUUUUUUACAUUUCUUGCUCAAUCGAUCACAGCUGCAUUCUGCCCACAUUGUGUCAUCGCCAUAG